AUGGUGUGUAAUCCGUCAGCACCACAGGGCAUGGCGCUGUAUCCUCAACCACCCACUAUGAGACUUAAUCCAGGAGCACCACUUAGGGGACAAAGUAGCACACAGCAAGUGGUCACUGAUGAAGCUAUAAAACAGGGAGAUCUUGAAGCAUGGCAGUUCUGGGUAAUUUUACAACCAGUACCGGCUGGGGAAGGGGCUUCAGCAGGAGCACCUGUGGUGGCUAUUGCUAGAUAUGAAACUUUCAUCACAAAAAUGUUAAAGGACAUGAAGGAAGGAGUUAAACUAUAUGGAACAAACUUCCCUUACAUGAGAAACAAAAUGGGGAUAUCAGAAGAGAAGUUGCCAUCCACCAAGAAAGCGAAGCUGCCGACUUGGGCACAGUUAAAGAAGCUGACACAGUUAGCUGACAAAAGCCUAGAUAACACAAAGGUGACACGAACUACAGAGAAUAUGCUGCUUGCAGCUUUGACGAUUGUAUCAACACUGGUAAGUCUCCCUAUGUCUGCAGGAGCAGGUGCAAUUAAUUAUACUUACUGGGACUAUGUGCCUUUCCCACCCUUAAUUCGGGUAGUUCCAUGGGUGGAUAAUCCUAUUGAAGUAUAUGUUAAUAAUAGUGCAUGGAAAACAGAUGAUCAUUGCCCUGCCCAACCAGAGGAAGAAGGAAUGAUGAUGAAUAUUUCUGUUGGGUAUCGUUAUCCUCCUAUUUGCCUAGGGAGUGCACCAGGAUGCUUAAUGCCUGCAACCCAAAAUUGGUUGGUAGAAGUACCUACUGUCAGUGCCACCAGUAGAUUUACUUAUCACAUGGUAAGUGGAAUGUCACUCAGGCCACAGGUAAAUUAUUUGCAGGACCCUUCUUAUCAAAGGUCAUUAAAAGCUAGGCCUAAGGGUAAGACUUGCCCCAAGGAAAUUCCCAAAGGAUCAGAAGGCAAGGAAGUUUUAGUUUGGGUAGAAUGUGUGGCUGUUAGUGUGGUAAUACUACAAAACAAUGAAUUCGGAACUAUUAUAGAUUGGGCACCUUGAGGUCAAUUCUACCACAAUUGCACAGGGCAAACUCAAUCGUGUCCCAGUGCACAAGUGAGUCCGGCUUUCAACAGUGACUUAACAGAAGGUUUAGAUAAAAAUAAGAACAAAAGGUUAGAGUCUCUCUACCCUUGGGAAUGGGGUGAAAAGGGAAUCUCAUCACCUCAUUCAAAAUUAGUUAGUCCUGUUAUUGGUCCUGAACACUCAGAACUACUGUGGCCUCUCACUGCUUUAGAAUUUGGUCUGGAAAUCAAACUAUAA